ACAACAUUUAUUGUCUGCUCUGGAGAACAACAGAUCGGCAGGGGGGGAGAGCACACACCCAGAACAGCCAACGCAGACAUCAGAAACAUGACGAGGUGCAUCAGCAUGUGUUUGGUAGCAAUGGCAGCAGCGCCACUGACCAAGGCCUUCGUGGCGCCAGGCAGCAGCCUUUCCGUGUCGGUGCUAGGACGUGAGGGCGUCACCCGCUCGUGCUCGAAGGCCUCAGCUCGCGGCACCAGCAGCACCAGCUGCAGGAUGACCAAGAAAACGGAGACGGAAGGAGCCGAGGGAGACAAGAAGAAGACCAAGCCGCCGGCGUGGAUGUUCAACGACGACGGUGUUGCGUACGCCCCGUGGAUGGUGGAUGCCUUCGACCCCGAGAACCUGGCGAAGGUGGCAGCCUCGAUCGAAGCUCGUAAGGAGAAGGAGGCCAACACGGUGCCGGAGGCGCUGGGGGCCCUUGCACGCGACCCGCAGCAGAUGGAGCUCUCAGGCGCAGGCCUGUCCGCCAAGAGGGUGUCGGAUGAGAUGGUAGAGCUAACCUGGAAGACAGGAAACGAGGAGGGAAACAUCGGUUUCAUCGUCAGCAGGCGGGCCGCUAAGACGGACGAGUGGCAGGAGAUCGCAUCGUACAAAGACUUCCCCCCACUCAACUCCAAGGGGCCGGGGGGCGGCAUCUACACUUACGCAGACGACAACGUUGACUUGGGGACAUGGGUGUACAGGAUAUCCGACAUCAGCAAGAGCGGUGUAAAGAGCGACCUUUGCCAGACGCUGAUCGAGUUGCAGAGCGGCGCCGACGAGUUGCAGACGAAGAUCGGCGUAGCAGGUCUCGCCAUCGUGCUGAUCGCGGCGGCCGCGGCAGGAACGUUCAUCGACCCCUUCGCAUCGUAGAUCUCGUAGAACAAACCGUCGCGUAGUUAGGACGUGCGUGUCGCUAUGCCUUCGGUGUGAAGCUGCCUUUAUUUAGCGCCAUAUUGAGUGAUCGCAGCCGCUGCAUAUGGUGUGUGUGGCGUAUGGAGGGCGAUGGACAGCGAUGGACCGGUUGUAGGGAGCCUCGGGGUAGCACGCUGGCAGGAGCGGAGGGACUUUGAAAAAGUCUUCUUGUUGGACCGCUACGCGGGCGGGAGUUGGACCGCGUCGGUAUGUAUCAUGCCGUGGUGUCCUUAUUACGCGGUGCUGCUUGGCGUGCAGGCAGAUGCGUUUUUUUCAUGAAAACCCAUUUUCCUGUUGCUCGCAGGAGUAGACAGCACGUGCGCGCCGUUUGUUGUGGGGCCUCUCUUAUCUCGGGGUUGAGUUCUUGUGCUAAUAUGGCGAAAACGUGUAUGAGGGGGAAGACCCGAUUGGCCGGCGGUUUCACGCAGGAAUGUCAUGAUAGAGAGCGAGACGUAGCCGCGGGCACAGAGGUGAUUUAGUAAAUAACAACUGAGGGUGUUUGGCGCACGUUACACUCCAUCGUCUUGUUAGUGUGGGUGAUAACAGCGGCGAAAUUGAGCAUUACGUAGUACGCUGGUGUUGCUGAAUACAUAGCCCUCGUCAAUUUCGAUUGCCCCGAAAUUAUUAGAGCCUUUUAAAGACGAGGGGGGUGAUACAUACAUAGGUCUGUUUGGUAAGGACGGGCGGGGGGAUCGAGUUGUCCUUCGCCCACGAAGAGAAGCAGCGACCACUUGGUUUUCCUCCCAAUGAAUUUAAUGUCACAGCAGUAUGUUGAUCACUGGGAAAUGACACAUGCGC